AUUUCCUUUGAGCUAGAAACCCCAUCUUGAAUGAAGUAAAUGACAACUUCUUUCGAAUUUUGUUGGUCAUCAUAAAAAUCCAUGAAAGCCAUGUCAUCUGAGUACAUCAGGAUACCUUUUCAUGUCAAACUGCUCCAGUUGAGUCGAUCUUUUGUAACCAUAAGUUCAGUUCCCGCGCCAAAAAGUACCUUUUUUUUUUUUAGUAUCAGUAAUGAAGUUUCUGUCGAAUCCAAAUCAAAAAGGCUAACAUAGCUUUUUAAAUAAAGUGAGAAAAAUUAAUAAGAAAAUUUCGUUAUCAUCAUGUUUCCUUUAAAUAUGAAACUUAUUAACAAUUUGUUUAUGAAUUAACUUAUAUCUAUGUUAAUACAUAAGGCGUUGCCGGUAGGCCGCCAUCCUUGUUGCACGCUGUCAUUUUAUCGUUCCUCGUCUUUGUGUUUUAUUUUGAUGAAGACAGGUUGUGAUUCUAAAUUUUUUGUAUAGAAGUUGGGUUAUCAUUAUAUAUAGUGUAAAAAAGUUUUAGAUUAUUUAUUGUGAUCAGGGUUAAUAUCAUUCGUAAUUUGCCUUAGUUAGUGUGUGUACAUUGGGUUUUAAGUAUUACAAAUUUAAAUUAUUUGAUUAAAAUAUGAAGAAUAGUCAAACUGGACUGAAAAUGUUCAAGAAUUUCUACAGUUUGUUUGUUUUCACUGUCGUGUUGAUAUGCUUGCAUUGAUCUUGACAUAGAAAUUGAUUGUAUACAAAAUGUCAGUGUUAAAUAAAGUAAAUGUUAUCAGUUCAAUAGGAUAUGACUGUAAGAUUUUUCAAAAGCUCUCAAAUGAGAGGCAAGAGAGCAUUGCUGGAGUUUUUUCAACAUAUGCACAUUCAUGGGUAACAAGUGGUCCAGAUCUUUUCGUAGUGAACAAUAGUGAUGGUGUUCUUCAGUCUUAUUGGACCUUUGGAGAAAACCUACAAGAUGAUUUAGAGAUCACUUGUGCAGUUGAGUUACCAUUAGAAGGUUGUGCCAUUCCUCUUCUCAUCUUGGGUAUAAGUUCAGAAAAUGUGAACCUGAUAUGUUUCUUCAAUCCUAAUACAAGAAAGAUUUUACGGACUAUUGAUAUUAUCUAUCCCGUUAGAACUCUAUGUGUUAUAGAAGAUGGUACCAAUGAGGUUUAUCCCCUGAAUGAUACUCUUACACCCACUGAAGGUCUUAUCGCUGUAGGAUGUGCAGAAGGGACAGUUUUAUUAAUUGAUCUUUGUCGGAGCAUUCUUUGCAAAGCUGUCAAUGGUGACUUCCGUUUUUAUAGCACUGAAGAAAAUCCUUGUGAAGUUGUUUAUGUUGGGAUUAAUUCAGUCACAUCAGGAGGGCUUUCGCAGAAAAUUGUUGAAAGCCGUAAAAAGAAGAACUGUGUGUCUGUUAUUUUGACAGAUCCUUCUGAUGAUGGAGUAACUGCUCUCUUGUAUUCUAUUGAAUCUGCUGUUUUAUUUGUUGGAACCAGUUCAGGGUCAUUUCAUUUGUGGAAUAUGAGCAGUUUGUCUUGUUUAUUUAAAUCUCCUGGAACAAAUCGAGCCAUCAUUUCACUUUCCUUGCUGGAACCCUGUGAUGAUCCACGCCAUAGUUUAUAUCUUUGGAUUUGUUUUGAGGAAUAUGCCCAAGUUGCUAUGUAUUGUAUUUCAUUUUCAUCUAAAUUUUUUGUUCACGGAUAUGGUGUAUAUUACCAGAAUUUUGAAUCAGCUGGGCUUGUAUACCGAUUUACUCUAGGUAUGGAAGUAGAUGUGAUAGCGAAAAGACCUAUUUGCUCACAAGCUGUUGCAAAACUUGUUCCUAAAAAUCUUGUAAGGUGCAUCAGUCUGCCUGAAGCUGAAGGUACCCAUUUGAGAUUAUUUAUAACAGCAUAUGAAAUCGUUGAUAAAGGCCAGAUUUCAAUUAGAGCUGUAAUUUUUGAUUUAAAUCAGUGGUAUCGAGAUCAAAUGCCAGAAGAAGGAGUUUCAGCUUGUCUGGAUUCAAUCGAUCUUGAUAGCAAAAGUUUAUGGCAUUUGCAGCUUGAUCCUAGUUCAUUAACACUCUACCAAUGUGUUAGGCCUCAAGAACAGCAUUUUCACCCGACAGCGUUUGAUUUUCAGGUUUGGUGUAUCGAGGAGGAGGGCAUCAGGUGUUUAGAAAAACUUGGUCUUCAAACCCAAUGGUUGAGGAAUAUGAGCAGGAUGGGAUCGAAAGCACUUAUUGAGCCUUCUCAUAUUUUUCUUGGUGCUCUAGCUGCUGGUCUUCUCCCAUCAUUUAUUGAUCCUCCAGAUCCAGAAGCUAAUAAUGAAGUAGAAGAGAGGUCUUACGUCUUGACUAUUUGUCUAGAAAAUAGAAUUAUAAUGGUCAUAGAAGAUUGUGUUAAAGAUUGGAAUAGCGGAGGCUAUUCUGUUAAAGGGUGUACUAUUCAAUUUCUCCUCGAUUGGCUCUGGAAUUUGCAUAAAACAUACAAAGCUAAUGGAAAUAAAAUAUGUAUUCCUCUGUUUGAUCAAUCUGGAAUGAAAUUUGAUGUCAGUGAAAAACGUUCAUUACAACAUUGCAAAUCACUUUUGAACACUGUCCAGUCUGUGUAUACAAAUAUCGUUAACAGAUAUAAGAAUAAUAUUAUAAUUAGUGGUGUAGAAGAAAAAUUGACUGCUAUGUCUCUAGUCAGGUUGUACUUUGAUUGCUGCCUAAAGCUUAUUUCUGUUAACCUAUUGCCUGAGCCAAAUGACUUAGGAAGACCAAGUGAUUCAGUUGUUUAUCAUUUUGAUGACAUCAACAUUUAUGCUAUCAACAGAAGAAAACAGGGCCCAUUCCUCGGCGAUAGUUUGCUGGGCAGGACUGAUGCUGAAAGGCAAUGGGUAGAGGAAGGUGGAACAGGUCUUUAUCCUCCGCCAUCUAUUCAGUCUGUUUUAAGAUUCUGUCUUCACCCUUCACCUUCGAUUGUUAACAAAAUGUCGUUAAUGCUGUAUUUGUUUAUGGAUAUCGUCAAUUCCUAUACACCAGUCAGGAGCCAGCCAGUAUUAGAUAGAAUAAAAAAUUUUCAGCAUUUGAUGAGAAUACCCGAAGUUCAAUACAAGAUUGUUGCUGGAUGUUGGUACUUCGAUCAUUCCAUGUUUGAUGAAGGAGUGGACCUCCUAUUUGACCCACGAGUUUUAUGUGUUGACCUGAGCGAAGAUCAACAUAGAGGUAUACUUCAUUUGCUUGCAUCGGAGAGGCAAGAAAAGCUUGCUCUUCAAUAUUUAAGAUUGAAAUCCCCUACCUUAAAUUUGGUCCACGAUUUGAGAAUAGAACUGAAUCUCCUUCUAAGUAAUGGCCUCGUUAAUGAAGCUUUUUUGUUUCAACGCAAGCAUCCUGAAAUGAGAGAAGCUCUUCUCAUUGAAUUUUUUGAAGGAUGCAUUGAAAGGAAGCAAUUAGGCCAAGUGUUUGGACUUAACCUGGACUUUAAAGAAGAAUCAACUUUAAUGAAAUAUUUGAAAAGCUCCGGUUUAAAGGAAAAAGGGGAUCUUCAAGUAUUAUUACUAUUGUCUAAAGCUAAGUACACUGAAGCCAUGUUUUUAAAUGACAAAUUAAACAGUUCUAUUAACGGACCCAAGUCGAGGAUAGAAACAGAUACCAGAGAUAUGAUUGUGAGGGGAAUAACAGGAAGCUUAAAUUCAAUAUCUCGUCACAUGGCUAAUGAAAUGAAAACUUAUAGACCCCCACCAGCUGGUUGCCAUCCACGACCUCUUUCUUCCUUAAUUAAAGUGCGCAAUGGACCUGAUGGGCCACUUUGCCAAACAGACAGUAAAGUUUUGUUGUCAGCGGUGGCUAAAAGCACUAGACACCUUUCUGAUUUUGUCAACUCAUUUGAUUCUGGUCACAGAAGAAAAAGAGAAGAGAAAGAUACAGAUGUUGAAUUUGAAAAUGAACCAGCCCGAAAAAGACUAAAACUUUGGGACACGGCCCGUGAUGUGAACAAAGUGCCAUCACUUAGUGGUAAAUGGCUGACUUCUCCUUGUAAACCAUCGGCGUCGCAAAAGAGAGAUGUGAUGGAACUUGUUGGAACACCUCUUGUUAAAAAACGUGGUAAAAGGUUCAGCCCGCAGUCUCGACCUUCUUCAAUUUUAAAGGGUAAAACUCCAGAGAAAAACUUUAUUGCAGAAGAUUUUGGCGAAACUCCAAAGAAAUCUAUUAGAUUUGCACUUCCUGAAAAUGAAAUUCAAAUAAGUGCUAGAAAACCUUUACGAGAAAAUGAAGCAACAUCACCCAACAAGAACACAAAGGUUACAGUUCACUGUGAAGAAGAAUCAGCCACCCUAUCAACUGAAGAAUCUUCUAAGUCUCGUGGCUUAGGAAAACCAAGUGCACGAAAACCAUUGCAUGGUAGUGAUGGUUUAAAUAACUCUGUGGCAGGUCGUGAUUCAUCAGUCAUUGAAACUAUUAAAGAUCGAUUAAGAUCAUCUGCUAAGAAAAAGGUAUUGGAGGAUGGUGUUAAUUGGCAUGAAGUUGCAGAGGCCUCUAAACCUCGCGUUCUUUUCACCCAAGGUGUAAGCAAAAUAAAUUCAGUAACUAAAUUGGAUAAAACUCCAUCAUCAACUCCUAUGAGCCAAGCAUUACUUGACAUUACAGUAACUUCAGCCGAGAAGAAAUAUCUUGAUUCUCCUUCGAGAGGAGAAGAGACUUCUCCAGUUACGGAAGCUCUGUUCAAUACAACUUUAUUACCUAAAGUGUUAUUCUCAUCUGUUAAUAACGAAAAAGAAAUUAAAGAAAGAUCACCAGAAGCAGAAGAAGCUUCAGUGCAUGCAGCAUUCUUGGAAAGAUACAAGAAAUUACGAAAUAAAAAUGUUAAAUUCAAUAAUGUUGUGAUGACUCCAGAAGAGGAAAAAUAUAGAGAUGGUGCAAGGUUUGAAGAAGAAGAGACAUUUAAUCUCAUCUGUACUAAAAAAACUGUAGUGCAGUUCAAAAGUUCUAAUACAAGUUCGAGUACCAACAUUGUCGUAGAUAAAGACAUACCUCCCUUAAAAGAAUCCGUAUUUAACGAAAAUGUAUUGAAAGAAGACAAUGAUAAACUAGAUGACCCAUUAAUCGAGCCCACAAAAAAAUUGGAAUUAAUCACAGAUAAAGAGGAGCUCAAUACUGAAUCAUUGCUAGAAGAAGAAGAACUUCAGCCCAAUAUUAUACAAACGGAAUCUUUGUUAGCAGAAAGUGAAAAUAUCUUAGUAAAUGAUGAUUUAUAUCAAGAUAUAGAAAAUUCAUUACAUGGAAAUGAUCCAUUACUGAAAGAUGAUGUUUCUUCAUAUAAAGAUGAAGAUGAAAUUGUUCAAGAAAAUCAAGAAAAAGAAACUGAAUGGUCUAGUUUAAAACUGAUUGGAGUUGAAGGAAAUUGCUCUACUGAGGAACCUAUUGUUAAUUGUCAUGAUGUAUUUGAUGAUGAAAACAUGAAAGAAACACAAAUGUCUUGUGAUAUUAUUAGUAACAAUAAAACUAAUUUAAAUGAGAGCAAACCUAUUGAAGUACUUUCAUCAAGUGAAUCAAGCUCUGAAAAUGAAAAACAGAAAAAUGAUGAUGAUGAAACAUUGGAAAAAGAAGCGGAAGUACCUUGUGAUGAGCCAUGUAAUGUCACAAAGGCUUCUUCUGUAAAAGAGAAAUCCAAAGAAGAGAGUUCUAUUAGUACUAAAGAUUGUGAAGAAAUUAUAGAUAUUGCCUCUGAUGAUGAUGAUGAAGAUAAGCAAUCUUAUGAUGAAAGUUUGACAGAAGAAGAAACUGAAGGAAUUUCUGGAGAGUCUAGUGAAGAAAUAGAGGAGGAAGAAAUAGAGGGAGAAGAGGAGGAAAUAAGUGAAAAAGAGGAAAAUGGAUCAGAUCAUGAAGGAUCGUUACCAGAAGGUUCAUCGAUAUCAUCAAGAGGAGAUGAUGUGGAAAAUUCAAAUGAAAAUAUUCCAGUCAAUUGCCGUCGUAGUAAAUCUCCUGAAAAGAAAAUCGAAAAGAAUGAAAAUGUUGACAGUAAAAAGGAACCAACUGGGGAAACGCCAAUAGUUCUUGUACUAUCUGAUGAUUCUGGUGAUGAAAAUUCCAAAAAGAAAAAGAAAGGUUCUAAUAAGAAAGAUAUUGUUGAAAAUGAAGAAUUAAAAACAAAACCAAGUUCACAGGGUGAAAAACACUAUGAAGAUGUAUCUGAUUUAGAAGUGUUUGGUUUGAAAAAUGACAAAAGUAAUAAUGAGGAGGGAGAUAAUUCUGAAGAUGACAUGUGGGUUGGCCUGGAUGACAAGGAAAGUACUGUAAAAAAGAAUAAGAAAAAAUCAAAACAUAAUGAUAAAGAUAAGAAUUUUGACCUCCAAAACCCUGAGAAUUCUCAGAGGUCGAUGCUUCAGUGUAGUUUCGAUAGUCAUCAAAAAGGGGGGAAAGGAUUCAAAAGUGACAAUUCAAAGCCAUUGCAUUCCUCCAGAAUUUCUCGAAGAAAAUCAUCAAAUCGUUCUGAUAUCAAUAAGGAUAAUGUUGAACAUAAUGCAUUAAGUAACUCAAAGCUUGAUACAGCCAAAGAACAGCUUAAGUCUGAAAGACCAGUCCUUGAAGAAGAUGCAAGUUGUGAUAUGCCAAGUUUAGUUUCAAAUCCACUUUCUGAUAUGUUAAGUUUAGAAGAAGAAAUAGAAGGUUCUUCAUCAGUGAACAUACCUGUAGAAAAAUUGGUCUCUGAAAAUCAACCAGUAGCUGACAGUUUUCUUGUUGAAGAUCCUCAAGGUGUUUCUUCUUCUGUUGAAAGGUCUAUGGCAGGAGCUAUUUCUGAAGAAGAAAUGGUGGACAAAGAAAGUGAACCAGUGUCUUCUUUGCCUUUAAUUGUAGAGUCUUCAUCCCUUGAGAAUGAAGAUUCAUCUAAUGAUAAAAUUGUAGAUAAUGUUGAAGAGAAUUUGGAUCUUAGAGAAGAUUUUCAAUCUAUUGAACAAAAUUGGACUCAACAAAUUGAAGAAGAAAUGAAACAGGAUAACCUUAUCCUUAAAAUUGAAUCUGAUAAUAAUGAUUCAGAUAAUAUUGGUAGUACACAGUUGUUCAAUGUUGACGGCAUUGAAAUUAUUUCUGAAGAGCUAACUGAUUCAAAAUCUAUUGAUAAAUCUGAAUAUGAAGAGUCUAAAAGUUCUGAAAUUGUUUCUUCAGUCCAAUCAUUGGAGGUUGAGCAUACCCAGAAUAAUAUUUUGAUGCCGGAGGAAUUGAAUAAUCUGUCCAAAAGUACAAAGAUGGAUGGGAAAGAUAUCUCAAUCAAAGAUACCACCAAUCAUUAUUUAGGAGGUAAUGAUAAUGAUGCUCUAGAAAAGGAUGACAUCAGCCACUUAGUUAAUUCAGAAAGUGUUUUAUCUGAAAUGGAAAAGAAAUGUGAAGAUGAUAAUUUAGUCAUUGCUGCUGGAACCCAUACAGAAAAUGUUUCUAAUAACAAAGAAUUCAAAUCAACAAAAGAUGUAACUAAUAAAACUAGUUUAGAAGUACUUGAAGUGUCUACUGAAACAUUUAAAAAUGAGUCUAUCAUUAUUUUAAAAGAAAGUGACAAAGAUGAACAAAGCAAAAUAAUGUCAUUCCAUGACACCAAAAAAUUAAGUGAUCAUGGUGAUUCCAAUGUUUCUCAUUUAAAUGCAAAUGUAGAUGACCAGCAAACAUCAAAAGAAGAUCAUCAGAUAAGUAUUUCUGGAGACAAUAAACUAUCUGCAACACUGCUACUUUCAUCGCAAGAAAAUCUUACCAAAUAUUCUGAUGAUAUCUUUAAAACAGAUAAGGAAAAACAAAUUUGUGUGGAAGCACCUUCAACAAAUAUGUCUAGUGAAAACAUUGUGAAAGAUAUUUCAUCCAAGGUACAUCAUUCUUUAUGUAAACUCGAGGAAAGCACCUCUAAUAAGAAUGAAAAUUUAUCUCCAGAAAAAAAUACAUCACUUUUUAUAAAUGAAAAAUCUAAAUUACCAGGUAAUAACCUUUCAGAAACAAAUUUAAUUUCAGUGGAAGCAAAACCAAAUAAAUUAUCAGAAAACAUCGGUGAAUCAUCUACAAAAGAUCGAUCUAACUCCACUUUAAAGGUGAAUAAAAACGAUAGUGUUAUAAAUGUUAGUAUGACACCAGCUUCAAAAUCAAAAAUUUUGAUUGAAAUGGAGAUAAGUGAGCAUGAAGAAGCUCAACGGAAUUGCACCCUUACUGUUAGAACUGAAGAAAAUGAUUCAGAACAAGUCACAGAUGUUAAGAAAAUGUUUGAAAAAGAUUAUUCAAAGGUAGAUAAUGAUGAUAAAGACAAUAUGGUUGUUGUUGGAGACAAAAUUACAUCUUCUCAGGAUAAAAUUAUCAAAUCUGGCGGUCAAGUACAUGAAGUUACUUCAGAAUUUGAAGUUGAAUCCACAAAACAUUCUCACACACUAGAACAUGGAGAAGAAACCACAAAAGUCAAUGCUUUAGAUAGAGUUAAUGAACAACUAGAUGACAAAGAUGGUGGCAACAGAUCAGCGGUUGGUGAUAUGGAGGUUAUGGAUAACAUUGAUAAGGUUUCUGAUAGAGUUGAAAGUAACAAUUUUGAUACUUCUUCCCAUCCCAGCUGUGAAGUGAUUGAUGUAGGGGUUCCUAGUAGUUCUCGAGAAAACGUAGAAAGGAGUAAAAUUGAGUAUCUUAUGCCGUCUGAAGAAGAUAACCAUGUUAGAAAUACGAUAGAUGAUAAAGAUUUGGCUGAUUCAAAAGUUAUCAAAGACAAUGUAAUUAAUCAAUUUUCUCAUUCGUUGUCAAGUUGCAGUGAUAAUUUAUGUCAGCUUAAUGUGGUUAAAGAAGAUAAUUUUGAACCUCAUGUUGAAAUAAAUAAUUCGGCUAAUGUAAUUCCAGGUUCUGAUGGGGUCUCAAAAAAUAUUGAAAAUGUCUCAAAAAUACAACACGUCUGUGAAAGAAAUAUAUCUGAAGAUCAGAAGGUUAUUAAAGAAAACGUUUCACUUUGUGUUGACAAAGAUGAAGAUCCUGACGUAGAACCUUUGGAUUGUCAGUUAAAUAAUGCAAAAAUUGAUGUUUAUAAUGAUGCCUCUACAAGUGAUGCUUUGGAUCCUCUUAAGAAAGAAACAAAUUAUGAAGUACAAAAUAUCAAGAGUGCAGAAAACAACUCCAAAAUAUUUUCUGACAAAACCUCUAUAGAGAAAUCGUUUUUCUUUGGAAAAGAAGAUAUUGAAACUUAUAUCAGGUCAACUAAGGCCACAUUUCAGAUCGGAGGCCGUUUGAGUCUUCCAGAGGAAGAUGAACCAGUUGAUCCCAUGGAAGUAGCUAUGAUUGAGGAUGAAGAAAAAAUGCUCAUGCAGUCAUCUCCUACUGACCCAGAUAUUGAUUUGUCCUUGCGUUUGUCACCUGAGCCUUUCAAAAAGCCUAUAAAAGUUGAUCAGGGAAUAGUAACUGAUAACAGUUACUUGCAACGAAGGGCAAGAAAAUUGAAGAAGUCAGGUAAGCAGCUUUUAGCAGAUCAAAGUUGUGAUAAGAAAUUAGAAAACAAAGCAAUUGUCAAUUCAGAUCAUAUAGGAAACAUAUUGAAUGUUGAGAAGGAAUCGAAAUGCAUAUCCACCCAAACAUCAGAUGUUGUUUUGGACGAGAUUGAUUUAUCAGAAUCAGAAGAAGAGUUGAUUGAUUAUAUUAAGUUACCUGGUCCUUCCCAAAAGUCAGCAGAACUGAAAAUGAAAGUUUGUCGGAAAAAACGACAGUCUUCAGAACCACCUCUAGCACAUAAAGAGGAUUUAAAAAGAAAAACCUCAAUAUGUCCUCAGGAUGUUAAAGGAAUUUUAAAGAAUAAAGAUUUAACUGAAAAAUUUCCUGAAGAGUUUAAAACACAGUCAAAAGCUGAUCAUUUGUCUGUUCGAAGAUCAAGAAGAUUAUCAGAAUGUAUUACAGAAAGGAAUGAAGUUCUGAAGAAUCAAUGUGAGAAGGAUCAUAUCAAGACUCGAAGAAGAUCUAGAGGUUAUUCAGAAGAGCCGGAUUUUUAUAGAAUUAGUUCUUAUAAAGACAAAGAAAGUGCUAGUGGUUACAUUAGUUCAGAAAAUGAAAAGGAAGCUACUGAAAAAGGUAACAUUCCAAGGCAAAGGAUGUCUAGAAGGCAUUCAGAAGAACCUGAAAUGCGAUCUGUAAUUAACAAAAAUUUAGAAAAAGGGAGAGUACCAGGUGCUUCCGCUAAUAUAGAUGAUGAAUAUUCAUCGAAAAGACGUUCUAAAAGAUUUUCUGAAGAACCAGACAAUGCUAACAAAUAUUCUGAUGAUAAAAGGAGAAAUUCAAAAAAUCCUGAUUACUCUGAUGAUGAUUUUAAACACUCUGAAGAACCUGAAAUACGAGGCAUUCUUAAGAAAAGUAGUAAAGGAAGUCGUAAAGCUUCACUUUCUUGUGAAAUGAUAAAUGAAUUGAAACAUAAAGAGAGUGACUCACGCCGAGAUACUAGAAAAUUAAGAAGCCAAUCUGAAGACCCAGAACUUCCCGAAAUUCCCAAGAAGAAAUAUAGACAAAGCAGAAGGAGUUCAUGCACUCAUGAAACACCAGUUGAUGCCCAUUUUCAGGUUGAUGACAUUCCAGACGAUCAUAGAAAAAAUCAUAGGUAUUCAGAAGAUAAUGAAAUCCAAGGCAUCCUUAAGAAAAGGUCCUUUAACAAAUCCAGGAGCUCACUAUUACCUGAUGUUAAUAAUGAAAUCAAAAAGUCUCAUAAGAUUGACCAAUCUGAAGAGAGUAGAGAAUUAAGGAAGCAUUCGGAAGGUGAAAUUCAAGGAAUCCUUAAAAAAAAAGAAUGUAGAAGUUCUGAUUAUGAAACUGCUAAAUUAAAACUUUUGGCUGAUGAUUUCCCAGAGAAAAAUAGGAGAUCUAGAAGACACUCAGAGGAACCUGAAAUGUUAAAACCCCUAAAAAAAAGAGAAAGGAGAGGUUCUCAAAGCUCUGAUAUUGAUAAUGAAUUAAAUCUUAAAGAAGGUCUUCGUCGAAUAAGAAGGCAUUCUGAAGAACCUGAAGUUCGAGGAAUCUUAAAAAGACGAAGUAGUAUCAGUCGAAAGAGUUUGAAGACCACAGAUAUUGAUAGUGACAUAAAUCUCAAAUUUGAAGAUGAGAGUAGAAAAUCUAAAGGUCAGUCAGAUGAAUCCGAAGUGAAAGGAAUUUUAAAGAAAAGUAAAAAUAGUAGAAGGAGAAAUUCAAGUGCUGGUGAAACUGAUAAAAGUUUGCAACGCCUUGAAAGGGACUCUUCUCAUCAUAAAAGUAGACACUUACUCGAUGAUGGUUUGCUUAAAGAUGGAAAAAAAAGAAGUAAUAUUUCAAGGUCGACUGAUUCAAUAAACUGUGCGAAAAUCCAAGAUGAUGAGUUUGAUGAAGAGAGAUUAUCAAAUAAAAAUACAUUAAAAAAUCAAACAUGUUUAUAUGUUUUUAGUACAAGUGACAAAAAUGAUGGUAAUAGCAAUUCAGAUGACAUCGUGAAGAUGGUAACUGAUGAUGAUGAACCUAAAAAAGAAUCGAAACAUAAAAUACAUUCCAGGCUUCAGAUGGAGGAUAAUGAUGACUCAGAAGAUACACAGGUUAGAGUUGACAAUAAAGAGGUUGAUUCCUUCAAUUCUGAAAAUAAACGAUCCAGGAGAUCUAUAUUAUUAGGUGAAGAACGACAAUCGGUAAAGGAGGAAAGUCCUGCCAAAGUAAGGAGGCGUUCUAGUUCUAGUUCUGCCAUUGCUAAAGAAGAGCCUGUAGAUACAAUUGCACAACCGGAAGGAGAAAUAAGAAACACUCGUAUGUUCCUAAGAAGAACCCCUGAUAGAAAAGAGGUUAAUACUAAGAUAAUGGAGGAAAGAAAAAAAAAAGUUGAACCAGAAAAUUUGAAAUUCGUACCCAAAAGACUAGACUAUUCUGAUGAUGAAUCCCCUGAGAAAAAGAAAUCUCGUUCAUUAAUCGACUUUCCUAUUAAAAGAAACAGUCGUCUCCCUCGGCCAGCCCUAGAGGAUAUUAGAGAAGAAGAUGAGGAUCUGUUAAAAAAGAAUAAAAAAUCAUUGGAUGAUUUUCACUUAGAAGAAAUGAAAAAGAAGGCAUCUAAAAAAUCAUCCGUGUCCAAACUUGUCAUAGGUGACUCAGACGUUGAUUCUGAUGUUUCUACUCCAGAACUUUGGAAGAAAGAUUUAACUAAAGAAAAAAGGUUGACACGUACCCAACAAAAAGUGUUCUUAAUGAAUCAACAGCUUACUUCUGUUUCUGAGGUUGAAAGUCCUUCUACUUCUUCUUCCCCAAGACGUAGCAUUAGAAAGAAAGCAGAUGUCAUUGACAGUCCAGUGAAAACCCCAACUCGUUCCUCACUCAGGCUUCAAAAGAAACCUCCAAGUGAAACUGACUAGUCGCCCUGGUUGGUAUGUUGUUUUGUAUCUAACUAGUUGUAUUUUGUUGUAAAUUAUUAUAAAUUAGUGUAUUGUAUAAAAUUGCCUUUUAGCUAUUAUUUUUUCUUAAAUCCUUGUAUACAUACAUUUUCUCAUCGUGUAUGAAAUUACUCAGAGGCAAAUUUUUUUUUGUUUUUUUUAUCUAACUUAUAAAAAAAUUGUUUUGAUUUCACACUGUUGAUAUUUGUAAAAAUGCUUUUAUUGUUUUAUAGAAUUUAUGUUUUUUAUAAUGUUUCUAUAAUUGUUACCCAGAUUAAACAUUGUAAUAUAGAAUACAUAUGACUUUCUUUAAUA